AUGGCAAAGAUAGCAGAAGACUAUUAUAAUAUUGAGAAAUUAGUAGGAGUUGAAAAUUUUGAAAUUUGGAAAUUCCAAAUAAAAGUUCUCUUUCGAGCUAACGAGGUAAUAGAAAUAGCAACAACCGAAACCGAAGGGGAAAGAAAUGGAGUAUGGAAAAAGAAAGAUGCUGUUGCGCAAAAAAUUAUAAUAUCAACCAUAGAUAAGAAACCCUUCUUGAAUAUAAUGGAAUGUGACACAUCUUACCAGAUGUGGACAAAAAUUUGUAACACGUACGGAAGGGAUACCGAGCAACAGAGAUGCAAACUUUUACAAGAAUUUUAUAAUGUUUCAUUCAAUAAAGGAAUUGAUAUGUCUACUUAUAUUAAUGACAAUAUGGUGAUCUCGAAAUUAUUGGCUACUCUACCAAAAGAAUACUCUCACUUUGUUAGUGCUUGGGAAUCUACGGAAACAGAGAGAAAAACACUGGACAACUUGUUAGCAAGACUCUUGGGAGAAGAACAGAGACGUCAUCCUAAAGAAGAAGAAGAAGGAGGAAUAGCUUUUAAGGCUUCACAAAAGAAAUGUCAUAUCUGUAGUAAAGUUGGACAUCUGGCAAAAUUUUGUAAAUUAAAAGCAUUACAAAAGGAUAAAAAACAGAGCAAUCAUGUAGAAAAAGAUUGUUUCUUCAGAAAUAAAAAACAAACUAAAGUAGAAGAUUCCGAAACUAGUAAGUUAGCACUUUUAACAAGUAGCAUGACCGAAGAUACGACUUCAUGGAUCGUAGACUCAGGCAGUACGUUAAACUUAACAAAUAAUAAGAAUUUCUUCAAGGAUUUAAGAAGAUCAAGUACAGUAAUAAAUGUGGCUAAAAUGGAACAAUCGAUGCAGGCUAAAGGAGAAGGAAGAAUAGAAUUUGAAAAUUGCAGCAUGAAAAAAGCCUUAUUUGUACCCGACUUAAGUGCAAAUCUAUUGUCUGUGAGUUCAAUUACAGAAAAUGGAGGAGAAGUAAUAUUUAAAGAAAAGGAAGUAAUAAUAAAAUCAGAAGAUGGAGAAUUAAAAGGAGAAAAAUUAUCUAAUGGGCUCUUCAAGAAAAUAGAGAAAAUCAAGCAAGAAUAUGGCACAGAAAGUUAG